AUGGAGAACACGGCGUCGCGACUUUCUGGACAGUUGUGGGAGGUGACCAACCCAGACUCCAUUACCUACAGCGCGAUCCGAGAGCAUGUGGAAGUAUACGACUAUGAUGUGCACGUCUGGAAUAUCGGGUGUGAAGCUGCCCGCAAGGGCCUCCAAAUCCAAGGCGAGAGCCAAGCCGAGCGAGCAGCACUCGAGGUUGAGAGCACCCAGUUGCUUGCCGCGAUAGACGAUUGCACUGAGCGCAUGGUCACGAAGUUUGAGGCCAUCAUUGAGAGCUACCGACAAGGCGGAGCAGCGGUGGCUGUCUACCGACCGCGCCUCGAUGGCAACUUCAACAGAUUCCAGAUCCACGCGAACAAGGAGAUGGCACGCUUGCAGCUCCUUCAAGACAGAUUUUCCACACGACCGGACUCUUGCCGCCAUCUUGCCGCUGGGGAGCAGCCUGGUGCGAUCAAGCUCCCAUAG